AUGUUUUUAGGCCAGGCGUCGCGCCUCGAGGCUGCCGGGAAGCUGACCAGGCGGCUGCAGUUCCACCGCGGCCUGCAGGAUGCCAAGGAGGCGCUGGCCCUGCAGAAGGGCUGGCGCGAGCGCACCGGCCUGGGGCGCCCGGGGGACGACGCAGCGCUCGCGGCCGCGCUGGCGGCCGCCAGCCGCGGGGGAGGGGAGACGCUCCGCGACGCGGCGGCGGCGCGGGCGGCGCGGCAGGCCAACGCCGCCAACAGCCUCCCCAGGUGCCAAGUGUGCGAGGCGUGCACUCAGUGCACCGGCGCCACCCACCGCCGCCGCUGCCUCGUGAUGCGUGCCGCCGCCGCGGCCGCCGGCGGCCAUGCGGGCGCGCAGCUGGCGGUGAUGGGGGAGGCGGCGGUGGGGGCGCGCGUCAGCGUGUGGUGGCCCAUGGACGGGCAGUGGUUCGCGGGACAGGUGACCGCGUACGACCGGCUGAGGGUGCGGCACACCGUGGAGUACGAGGACGGGGACGUGGAGAUCCUGCCACUCUGGGGUCCCCAGCAGCGCAUCCGCCUGGCCAGCCGCCCUGAAGACUGGGGGGCGGAGGCGGCGAAGCUGGCGGCGCGGAGGGAGGAGGCCGGGAGGAAGCUGGCACAGGCCAAGGCGCGGCAGGCAGAGGGCCAGUAA